AUCAGUUCAAACGGCUCCGAAGCUAACUAAACACACACAGAGAUACCGGCACCGCGUUUACGAGUGUUUGUUUCCUAAACUGAUAAGUAAAGUGACAUGUGGUGACAGGUUGUUGAGUUUGUAGAGGGUUGAGAACCAUGCCGCGUCCAAGUAGGGAUAGCUACGGCGACCAGAAGCCUCCGUACUCUUAUAUCUCUUUGACGGCGAUGGCUAUAUGGAACAGCCCGGAAAAGAUGCUGCCUCUUUCGGAAAUCUACAAGUUCAUCACGGACAGGUUCCCGUAUUAUCGGAAAAACACGCAAAGAUGGCAGAAUUCACUUAGGCACAACCUCUCCUUCAACGACUGUUUUAUCAAAAUUCCCAGACAGCCCGAUAGGCCAGGAAAAGGGGCAUAUUGGGCUCUCCACCCCGCAGCUUUUGACAUGUUCGUAAACGGAAGCUUGUUAAGACGGCGAAAACGCUUUAAACUGCUAAAAAGCGACAAGGAGAUGCUUGAAAACGAACUGGCAGCCCUGACGAACAUCAAUCGGUUAUUCUUCACGCCUCCGUCUAACCCGGCUGAAGUAAUUAACCCAGCGGCAUCACUGGCACCUGCUUUGGUGCCUCCAAUUGAGCCUCCAUCACCGACGCUGACGAAAGCUCCCACGGAGCAAACCACCUGCAUCCGGCCGAAGAGAUCUUUUACAAUAGAAUCAUUAAUAUCGCCGGAUAAGCCUACUCCAAUUGUUCCAAAUGCGACCCAUCAUAUAUUGCCUCACGUGCAUCCUUGGGUGUUAUCAUCAUGCUAUGACUUAAGUGCUUACGCUGCUCCUAUGUUAAUGCAAGGAGCACCACCAGGACAUUUUGACUACGGAUUAGCCAAUGGUAGCGACGAGGUCUUCAGGGUGUCACAGUUAUAGUUUGGUACAUUGGUAUGAGUUCCACGAGUCGAAUUUGAUGAUGAGUUAUUUGAAAAACACUAAACUGAAGUGUGAAGUUAGAAUUAAACGUACCUUUUCUCUAGACAGGCAAGUUAGGUAUGUGCUUUGAUCUCUUAAGAAUUUUGGCGAUUAUACAAAUGACAUUUCUUCGUGUUGAAUGACGUUUGAAUAAUGUAAAACAACGAUAUAUUAAUGUGCAUUGCUUACGCUUUUACUGUGAAUAGAGUAUAAAUGUGAUUUAUUUUAUUUAUCGGAUUUGUUAUCGGAAUCACAAACCGGAAACAAGACAGAACAUUGCAUUUUUUUGUAUUGCAAGUGUAUUUCAUCUAAAAAGAAAAGAAAUGAAUGCAAAGAGUUUUAGAAACAAUAAAUUCAAACACAUAUAACAGGAUAUUUUAUAUUUCUUAAUUCUUCCAAAAAAAAACACUUAUACAAAAUAUAUAUUGAAAAAUAAGAAACAAAAGUAAACGCAAAAUAAAUGAAAGAUGCAAUUUUUAUUGCAUUGUAAAUGUAUUAUAUUAAUCUGAAACUAUAUAACUGAAGAACUAUGAAAUUUAUAGUUCGGCAAAUGCACUUGUUAGUAGCAAUAUUUGUUUCUUAAAAGUUUUAUUUGUUUCAAUGAAGGAUAUUUAUUUAUAAUAGAUUUUAAAUUAUGAAUAAAGCACUUGUUAAAGAAUUUUAGCACGGAUACAUAAAGUUAUACAAGUCCAUCACAAUACAACAAAACUCUUGAUUUUAAACUGUGGACGCAUAUUUCACUAACCAUGUAGGAUUAUUUCACCAUAUUUCCUAACAUGGUUAGCCAAACAUGCAUCCAAAAUUUAGUGUUUGAUUUCGUAAUAUAGACUUGUAUAAUUUUCUGUGAAGUCUUUGUAUACCAAUUUAUUGUUCAAAACUAAAUUGUGUUCUAUAGAAUUUUUAAUUUUUGCAAUUAAUAUUGCCACAAAAAAAAAACUAAAACUGGUUUGCAGCCUAUUAAAACUCAAAUCCUAAUAAUAUUCA